AUGAGGCAAAGCAUCCGAGAUAUCUACCAUCAGGAGAUGAUGUCCUUUAAGGAGGGACUUGAUCAGGAACAUCAACAACAACUGGAGAGGAUCUUACAGGGGGUGGGGGAGAUGAUCAGCCAGAAACUAACAGACCAACAGGCAAAGUACCAGGAAGAGUUUAACCUACAGUUACAGGCCAUGAGACUGACCUUGGAACAGAUCUGUCAAGGUCAGAUGGAGGUCAUGACUUCAGAACAAGAACAACGCCACCUAGGGGCUCUGCAUGAACUACGCGAUUCACUGAACAAGGAGCACUCUGAGGAGAUAAGCAGAAUCGAGGCAGAAUGGUCAAGUCGGAUGUCUGAACUGGAGCGCGAGCAUGAGGAUGAACUCAAUGAUUCCCUAAUGGAGGACUCCCUAAUUGUCCAGACUAUUGAAAUAGAUAUUCCCACGGUUUCUGAGAUGGCCAAGUCUAACCUUCUUCAUAAACUCAACAAAAAACUGAGUGAGGAGCAUAAACAGUUACUGAAGCUGUUUGUAUUCUGCUGAAUGGUCUUUGUCUGAGAGAUACUUGGUAUGAGAAUAGAGCAGCUUGGAGGUUCCCUGUCACAUGAUGACAGAUCCCCAGAAUCUGACACGAUAUGUC